AUGAAUAACGAAGAGAUAGUUAGUGAAAGGAAAAGAAAAAGAUUACCACCAAAAAUUGUAAGAUGUGGAGAUAUUGAAUUUGAUGGUUUAAGUGAAAAAGAAAUUUGUAAUGAGUAUGAAAAAAUUAAAAAUAAUGUUAAUGGUAGUAUUUGUGAUCCUGAAAUUGAGUAUGAAUUUAAAAGUGUUAAUGUUGAAUUUAAAUAUUUAUGUAGUGAUAGAAUUAAAAUGAAAAAUUGUAUUUCUCUUGAAAUUGUUGGUGUCAUAUUAGGAUCAUUAAUAGGAGGUUUAUUAAGUGAUAAAGUUGGAAGAAAACGUAUAAUAUUGUUUGCAAUUACUGGAAGUUGUGUAUUUGGAUUUUUAGUUUCUUUUACAUAUGGAUUAACUGAUUUUGUAAUAUUUAGAUGUGUAAUAGGAUUUUUUAAUGGUGCUUCAUUAGCUGUUUUGCCAGUUUACAUUAUUGAAAUGAUUAAUAAAAAAGAUCGUCUCUGGAUUUUGAAUGUCAUUACCUGGGCUCCGACGGCAGUCAUAUUUUCAAUGUUAGCUUUCAUUGCUAAGGACUGGAGAAUUUUAGCUCGAAUAUCUUCAGGCUUAGCAAUUCCAGCACUUAUAUUAGUUUGGUUUGUAGAAGAAAGCCCACGAUGGUUAAUACAGCAAAAAAAAAUUGAAAAAUCACGCGAAAGUUUAAAAAAAAUUUGUAAAAUUAACUAUGGAAAAAAAGUAAAUAUUGAUGAAGUUGUUGAUGAGGCAAUAAAAGAUGAAUUAAUAAAACAUAAGGAAUCAAUAAUUAAGAAUAAAACAAGUUAUUCAUUUAAACAUUUAUAUUCAACAUUAGAAUUUACAGGUUACUCAAUUGCAUUAAUUCUUAUCUUUUUCACUGGUUCAUUUUCAAAAUAUGGUAUUGUAUAUAAUAUGGAGAAUGUUUCUGGUUCACCAUACAUGAAUGUUAUACUUAUUGGUUUAUUAAGAUAUGUUAUGAAUCUAUCUGUUGCUUUUUGUGAUGUUAAAUUUAAAGCUAUUGGAAGAAGGCAUAUUAUGAUAACUUUUAUCCUUGGAAUAACAAUAUCAACAAUUAUUAUUGGCAUUUUAAAUAAUAUAGGAAAAUCAAUUGAAUAUGGAUGGUUAAUACGAAUCUUACAAAUUUCUGUUGUAGGAUUUACUUCACAAUUUUAUGUUGUUGGAGCAUUAUGCUCAGCUGAACUUUUUCCAACACCAAUAAGAAAUAUGGCUAAUGCUCAAUUACAAUUUUUUUCUAGAAUUGGUACAGUUGUAUCCCCAUAUCUUUUUUAUUUACCACAUCCAUAUAUAUCUUUGUGUUUACUAACUCUUAUUACUGCAACAGUAUUUUACUUUAUUAUUCCAGAAACAAAAGGUAUACCACUUCCAGAAAAUAUGCCAUCUUUAAAAAGUGACAAAGAAAAUAACGAAGAACUAAAAAAUAUGAUUAAUAGUUGA